AUGGCUAUUGAAGCAAUCAUUUGGCUUGCGGUUAGGAACCUACAUGAUGCAUGGAUAUAUUCUAAUUUUCCAAUUAGUCCAACAGUGGAGACAACAUUCGGACAGGUCAUGGAGAAGCUCGUAGAUUCCCUAAAAAUCUUGGGAGGUACAGAGGAUGACAAAGGAAGUGCUCUGACAGUUGACAACUGGACGAUCAAGUUUCUGCAAGCUGUUUAUCUGGCAGAGGAGGCCAUACACACCUUCUUCCUAAGUACAAGUUUGCAUAAACAGAAAGUUUCUAUUAAGUUUCCUUCUUUCUUGAGGUCAUCCACGGUGCAAUUUCGUUUCAGCAAUGAGAUGAAAAAAAGUUUGGAUCAGCUCACUGACUGGGUAUCCGUCGAGCUGCGCAAAAGAACUUCUGAUAUUAUCAUAAAAUGUUGUGAAUUUUUUGAUGAAAAAAAGCAGUGCUUGCAAACAGUUUUUCAUCAGAUAAAUAAUGAAGAAGAUAUUUUUUGUUUCGAUUCUGAAAUUUCGGAAUUAAGUAGAUUAAUUUUGACUAGUGAGAAGCUUCUGAUAUCAGUGGUGGGUGUUGCAGGCUCUGGCAAGACAACUCUAGUGAAAAGAGUUUACAACCAUUCAGAGAUAAAGAAAAUUUUCCACAACCGUGCUUGGAUUUGUGUUUCUCCAAAUUUUAAAGAGAAAAAUCUAUUAGUUCAGAUAUUGAAGCAGGUGACUGAGGUUAGAGAUGAAGAGAAAUUGCCACUCGAGAAGUUGCAGGAGAAGCCUUGUAUUAAUUUAUUAAACACUCAGAGGUACUUAAUUGUCUUGGAUGAUGUCCACGCACCUGCUAUAUGGGAGAAACUCCAAGUGGUCUUUCCAAUCUCAUCAAAUGGUAGCAGGGUCAUCCUAACUAGCCGUGACAAUAAUAUAGCAACUCAUAUUGAUCCAACAAUUCCUCUUCUCCGAGUAAAUCCACUGACUGAGGACGAAAGUCGGAGUUUGUUUUCGAAAAGGGCCAGAAGAGAAACAGGAGACGAAGUGUUUUCUCAGGGAUAG